CCGAAAGGCAGGAGCGACGUGGAUCUCCUGCCCUCUCCUUUGUCGUGAAGUCGUCCACCCGGGUGUCUCUCCUGUGCCGAGCAUAGGCGUCAGAGAGAGGUCGAAUUCCUCUCCCGAGGACUUGCACCCGGGACCCCAGGUUCGACGGUGUCUCGUCAGCUGUGCAUGAACCAAGGAAAAGACGCUGUAUUCCUCGCUUUAGCGACGAAGUUCUGCCUGUUCUGCUCCAGAGGGCUCUCUUUUUUACGGUUGCUUGACCGGAUUUCCUUCUCCGAAGCCCCAGUCUCCUCCCGCCAGUCCACGAGUGUGUCGCCGGCGGCUUUGCGCAGAAACAGGGCCUCUUGGAGCAGCCGCCAAAGCCUCGCAAAAACCGGAUCUUCCUCCAGGGUCCCUUAGCUCGCCUCUCUUCUCUCCACAGACACUACCGCGGAAAGCGCAGAAGCUCAGAAGAGGGAGGCGAGAGAGAUCAUACCCUCCAGGCAGCCUUCCGCGAGUUCAACAGUCUGACGCCUCGCCGCCCCUCCUCCCCGCCCCUCGGCGGCUCUCUCUUCGGUUAUGCGCGCUAUUUCCUUCCUUCCCUCCUCAACUCACCUUCCACGACGUUUGAUAGAAAACCGACGGAAGCAGAGCACGCGGUAGAAACUCCUCUGCCCGUGAGACGUCGAAGGACAGUCGGCGUCGAGCGUUCAGCUCCGCGUCGAAGGGGAAGAAGUCCACAAAAGCAUUUCUUGCUUCCCUCUGAAAGCCGAACAGGGAUCGAGUCGAAGGAAAUGAGUGGAAGCGCACGAUACAAACAGGGCGUCUGUGCAGCGCAGACGAGAGGAGUGCAUGUGAGGCUCUCUGGGGGGGUUCUGUGAAGGACAGUUUUCUGCUUUUAUCCGUCUCGUACCACAAAACGGUCCAGAAACGCUGGUUUCCAGCCAGCCCAGAAGUGUCACCCGUCGCAGCUUCGAGGCGAGGGCAUCUCGUUGCACUCCAUAAGUCGCAUGGCUCCUGUCCCUCGGAGGCCAUGCCAACUCAGGAGGAGGGCUGAGAAGAGGGAUUCAAGUGUGACACUGGGACCGUGGCUGGUGCGGCGGACUGGUUCUUGACCCGCAGCAUUUUUGAGGGGCCGUCAUGAGGAAAGGCGAGAAUCCUUUUCUAGUUGCUGCAACGAUUCCCCGCGUUCUACGCCGCAGGGAAACAACACAGGGCUUCAGGUACCCUUCAACAAGGUGCUCAGUGAAGUCGCUCUAGGAGUCUGUAGCUUCGGUUCGCUGUCUCUUUUCCAUUCGCUGCUUCCUAAGUGUAAAGUCGCCUUUAUCCUGUUCGUUCAGAGAGCGCCUUCUCGGCCUCGCGCCCCCGGUUCGCUCAGGGGACUAGGAGACAUGUUUCUGCGUCGAUUCAUGGCUCCACAUCUUCAACUGCAUCUUGCUCAGUGACAGGGGGGCGACGAGCGGACGCGGAGGCGCGGAGACACUCCGAAGACUCGAACGUUGAGUUGUUCCGACCUUGGAGGCGGAGAGAGGCUAGACCUGGCUCUGCUUCACACCCGAAGUCAGUGGGAGCCGAAUCGAUGGCGAAAUGAGGAACGUCUGUCCGUGCACUUUGUGGUAGUAAGAGAAGUGUGUUUUCGGGAGAGGAACCGCCAUUUUCCGGACAGAAGGUUUCUCGAGUGGCACUUUGCUUCUUUUUCCUUUUUCACACGAUGCUGCAUGUCCUGCUUCUUCUGCUUGCGUUUUCGUUUUCUGUGGUCUCUGCUGAUCGCCGGACAUGGGCGACCUCGCAGGCAACUUGGACAUGGCCAGCCCACUGCCUCCAUGAAAAAAGAGGGGGCUUAUCUCUGUCUCUGUCGUCGUUUUUAUCCGCGGAGAAGGUGGGGACAGAUCCGCUUCUGCCCUUCUCGCUUCUGUCGCCUUCUUCUCAACAGAGGACUCCUUCAGGGACAAGCCGUACGAGGACAAAGUCCUCUCUUCUGACAUCUCAGUGUCCAGGAGAUUUGGAGAGCGGAAGGCCGGUUCAGCGUAUCCUCAGAGAACGAGGUGCGGGGGGUUCGUCUGGAAUUCCGGGGAGCUCUGACAGACCAAGCGGAAGACCGGCUUUCGGCUUCGUUUCUCCGCUGCUCGAACAGGCGACGGCUGUGGCCGCAGAUGGCCGUCACAGGCAAGGUUCUUGGCGGGGCUGCAUGCAGUCCCGCGGCUCCCUUUCGACCAGGAAUUCGCCUCCGGUCUGGCGCGCCGACGGUGCUAGAAGCACUCUGCUUGGCUGUAGCAGAGCGAGGAGAGACACGAGGGAAGAAACGCGUAACAAACUGCAGUUGUGUCUGCCAGCCGUCGUGGGGGCCUCUGCGUCAAACGGGCAAAGGUCGAGGCGGGCACUCAGCGAGAACUUGGAGUGUACGUACAGUCGGCCCGUGUGCUGGACAGGGAGCAAGGCUGGCGGUGUUGAGCCCGCGCGUGGGUCGCUCGUGGAUGCCACUUCGACCUCUGCCUUGUUUUCCUCCUCGCUGCUGCAUCCCGUGCGCGGCAGUCAAGAUUUUCCGCCUCUGCUUUGGCGGCUUCACCAGUGGCUUUUCUCCCAGUGGCGCGAAACCGCCGCGUCGUUCGGUUUCUACGAGUUCGCGACGCCCGUCGUCGAGCCUGCCGAGCUGUACGUCCACCCCAGCGGGGAGCGGAGUGCGCGGCUUCGAGGUGACGCCGGUACAGUUGCCGACGGAGAAGCGGGGCAGCAUGCCGCAAAGGAAAGUUCCCCCGAGAAAAGAGGAUGCAGCAGCUUGAGGUCAGUGGACUUCUUCUCGACUUCAGCGCCCCAUCCUGAGGUCACAGACACGGCGAAAGCGUCGCGCUCGGACUUUGGCACGCAGUUCAUCGAGGGUGCCCGACCCCCCAGUCUGACAGCGUCGCCGAGUUCCCGCCAAAGGACGACCUGGGAGGUUCCACCUCACCUCUACCUUUUCAGAGACCAGAGUGAGAGGCCACUGGCCCUUCGUCCAGAACUGACACCGUCGCUCUGUCGCCUGCUGCUUCGGCUGUACGCGAAGCCUCAGCGACGCGUCUCCGGCGUCUCUCCUCCCCCGUUCCGGGAGUCUGCUUCGACGAAGAGAACUGACGAAAGUGGUGGAAAACCGACGAGCAGCGACUGGGAUUCCAACCGAGAAAAUCACGACGCCGAGGGCUGCCGCGUCGGAGCUCCAACAGCCGCCGUGCGAGAUCCGAGUCGAGGAGAGUCGCCACGCUGCAACGUGGAAAGCGUGAGUUGCACAGACAGUUCAGGGCGCGGAAGUCGAGGGCGAGACGAGCAGAGCGAAGAGGCAGAUGCUAGAAGGAACGGCCGCAAGCACGCGUGCAGCGUCGCAGCGUUGGAGAGCCUCGUCGCGAAUCCUUCCCUGCCUGUUCGGCUCACCUCCAUAGGCGAUUGCUGGCGCUACGAGAGACCCGGUCGCUGCCGUCGAAGGCAACACUGGCAGUGGAAUCUCGACAUCGUCCUGGGUCCCGGCGAAGAAGAGCUGAAUGCUCUGCAGCCACAACCGGCCCGCAGGAUGCAUGCAAGCGGAAGCGCUACUGCGAGAGGCGCCAGCGACGGCGCGCGGGGCGGCCGCGACGUUUGUUUCCAGGGGCGGCGUUCGCGGCACCCAGAACAUCUCCCAGAUGCACGGCCCGAGGCGGAAGUCCUUGCGGCGGCGGUGUCCCUGCUGGAGAAACUCGGGCUGCGUCCAAAAGAUGUCGAGAUUCGAGUCGGCAGUCGACGAAUCCUAGAAGCCCUCCUCGUUCGCCUGGGCGUCAUCGACGGCCAAAAGCUCUGGGCACAGACUCGCGCUUCGCCGGAGGACGAGAGCGAGGAAGUACCAGAACCGAAGGGAAUGGAACAGCAGGCGGAAGCAGGGAAGGGGAGAAAAGCGUUAGACGCAAGUGGAGUGGAAUCAGAGGCGGGUGGCGCAUCGCGAGACGGAAGAGGUAGAGGGGAGGAGAGGCGAGAAGACGCAGACGAGAGUCCUCCUCAGGAGGGCCGCAGCUCUGUUUUACAUACGCGGGCAGAGGCGGACGGAGCCGCAGGCUCGAUCCAGGGUGUGUGCGUCGAGGGAGAAAGCGGUGGCAAUGUGGAGAAGGUCGACAAAGUUGGAACACCCUCGUCAAGCAGCAGCCGGGAGAGCCAAAGAAGUGGACUUGAGGGCACAGAAAGAGAGAAGGAGACGCAGAAGGUUGAGCAGAUCUGUCAGGUUCUCGACCGGCUGGAACGACACUCUGUCGAGGAUGUUCUCCCGGAACUUAGCAAAGUCACCGGUUUAGGUCUCGAUGACGCUCGUGCGUUGGUUCAGUCCCUUCAGGCGUUUAGUCCUUUCGACCCCAUCCCGACUGAGACACGAGGCCAGUUGUCUGCUUCCGAGUCUCCCUCUGCUGGCUCUGUCUCGGCUUCUCCUGAGUCCUCACCUGCUGCCGCUUCCUUGGUCGACAGACAGCUGGCGGCAGCCGUCGAAGAGGUCCGACAACUCUUCGACCUGUUCCCGCUGUACGGGCUCUCCCACGAGUGGCUCUCUUGGCACCUGCUGACUGUGAGAGGACUAGGGUACUACCGCGGCCUGGUGUUUGAAGCUUUUGAGCGCGUAGCCUCUUCCUCUUCGCGAGCUUUCGAGGCAGAGAGCAGGGCGGGUAGAGGAGUGACGACAGAGGACGUUGACGCGUUCUCGAAGAGGCACUCCGGGCGGAAGGCAGAGACGCGCUCCGGCAGCGAGGAGGCGGUGUCGCCCACCGGUCCUUUCAAACCGCGGGCGCUUUUUGGCGGCGGCCGAUACGUCAAGCGCGUGCUUCAGUUGCCGCGUUGCUCGACGCCUCCGCACUCCGAAGCCCGGGGAAAGUCGCAAAACCGUGGAGAGGAACAAGCGACGUCGGUCGUGUCCAGAAGGGGUGGCGCCUCACUUCUCAGGAAACAGUUUCUCCGGACCGGAAUCUCUGCAGUCGGGCUAGGAAUGGGAGACACAGUGCUUCUCGACUUGCUCGACCGAAAGGAGCUUCUCCCCGACCUCCGCCCCGCUGCGGUGCCUCUGGUCGACAUCGUCGUGGGGGCGUUUUCCUCUCAGGGGUUGGGAGGGAGAAAUCCAAGAGACGACGCCCUCGCUGCCGGCGAAUCUCGCUCUCCGGUGUCUCUGCGUGGAGGGCGAGACGCCGAGCCACAGAGCAACGCGCGACAGUCUGCGCCUCCUUUAUCGGGUUCCCCACUCUCUCCGUUCUCGACUUACAGCAGCCAGAGGGUAGCUUCGGCGCUCCGCGGCGAGGCCGACGCCGCGUCGAGAGGCUCUUCGUCUUCCCGGGACUCGGCGGUGCAGACGGAUGAGAAGAUGAAAAACGAGACUUUUUUUGAAACGCGUUCUGCAUUCGCCGCACAUGCAGCCGCCGUUGCCCUAGCGCAGAUGCUCCGGAGAGAACACGGGUGGCGAGUCGAGGUCUUCUGGGGCGACAGAGAGGAAGAAAAAGAGUGGCAGGUCGCAAUGGCGAGAGCCGCGGAGCUGGGGGCGCGCGCUGUGGUCGGCGUCGCGUUCGACGAAGCUGAGAGAGGUGGGGGAGACGUGCAGAAGGACUGGGAAGCCUCUCGCGAAGGAGGCAGGGGAGAAGCGAGAGAAGAGGCAGCGCGAACGGGAGAUGAACUUUUCACCGGCGACAGAGAGGGGAUCGCAUCGCCCCUGGAGAAGAGGGGGAAGCACUUGGAGGCAACGCGAGACAAGUGGAACGAGGCGAGUCACCGAGACGCGGGAAGCCGUGGUGUGAGUGGAGGAGAAAAGCGUCGGGUGCUGAACAGGAACACGACAGAUUCGCCUGCAGCCGCGCUGACCGCAACCCCAGAGAGAGAACCGUCCAGCCACCAGUCACUAAAGCAACGCGAACCAGAGCGGCCGCUUCCACCUGUGCUCGCGCGUCGUGUUCAGUACUGUGUGAAACUCCUUUCCUCGGAUCCCCGCGGCGCGAACGGAGGAGAGAGGAGAGACAAGGUGCCCGUCGGGGACAGAGGGGGUGAGUGCAAAGCAGAGUUGCCAGAGGCGUUUUCGACGUCUUCAGACUCGAGAAGACAGGAGUCUGGAAGUCUGUUUUUGGUGACAGAGGAUGCGGCUGUAGUCGUGGACGCGCUGAAGGCUCUUGCUGGCACCUCCACAGACCGCUAGGUGUCAGCCGAAAAACGCAGAUUAGUGCGCAGGUUUGGGCGGGGGUUUGGAAAAGCUGUGCGCGGCUUCUUUCCUCGAUACAGUUAACUAGCUAGAGCGCUUGGGAGCGAUGGUCAUUCCUGCGUUGCUCCACAAUUUGAUGUUGACGGGCUCGCGCAGUCUGCGACACGUGCUGUACGAAGAGUGUCUCUGUUUUCCAUCGGAAGAGCGACGACGAAUUCAUGCUGAAGGCGAGACCUGCGGUGCCCUUCCUGGUUCGUUCGUAGUUCUCAGGAUGGACGAGGCAUAGUCAGGGGGGAAGCGCCGACUUUCCACGUUCCUCCCACGCCUGAAGCACGUAGAAACGGGUCGCUACGGAUCAAGACGAGUUGCAAAGAUUUUCACUCCGAAAUCGACAUGAGUUUCCGCGACGCCAGUUCCGUGUGAAGUGUCUGCGUCACACUCAACCCGGUCGAAUAUUCCGUUAGCGACUCGAUGAGACCGGAGAAGUUCUGCUGCGUUCACAAAGCUGAAACAACAACUGAAGAAAGAAAUCGACUGAACCAACGGAGGACCAUCCCAAACGGGUGGUUUGUUAGAAUCUGUGCUACAAGCAACAUCUUAUUGGAAACCAGUAACGAGGAAACUCCCUGAAAAAUGUGUUUUUUCUACGUUAUUGUGUGCUGUUGAAAGCAGCACCGCCCCAAAUCAGGGGCAAACAGCAGAGUCAUGCUACACAAGUAAUCAUAGUAUUGUUCCGACACCCUCUUGAUCGAACCCCA